CCUCUUCACAUGGCUUGCUCUUUCCCUUCCUCUCCUCCUCCUCCUCUCAGUGAAAAACUUCAACAACAAAAGGAAGAACCUCCCUCCAGGGCCUCCAUCACUCCCCAUCAUAGGCAACCUCCACCAGCUCGGCCAUUUGCCUCACCAGUCCCUGCGGAAACUCUCCAGACGGUAUGGCCCCGUCAUGCUCAUCCGCCUCGGUGGCAUCCCGACCGUCAUCGUCUCCUCCCCUGGUGCCGCCAGGGAGGUCCUCAAGAACCACGACCUUGACUGCUGCAGCCGCCCACGGCUGGUCGGCACGGGACGCCUCUCCUACGACUACCUCGACAUCGCCUUCGUCGAGUAUGGUGAUUACUGGAGGGAACUGAGGAAGCUGUGCAUGCUCGAGCUGUUUAGCACCAAGCGAGUCCAGUCCUUCCGGUACAUCAGGGAAGAGGAGGUCGGUUCUAUGAUGGAGUCGAUUGCGAAGUCAGCAGAGAGCGGAAUUCCGAUCAAUAUCAGCGAGAAGUUCAUGGCUCUGACGGCUAACGUCACUUGCAGGGUGGCAUUUGGGAAGGCAUUUCAGGGGACGGAGUUUGACGACAGAAAGUUCAUGGAUGUGAUUAAUGAGGCAGUGGCGAUGUUGGGAAGCUUCUCGGCAUCCGAUUUUUUCCCUCGAUUCGGCUGGAUCGUGGACCGGUUCACGGGGCUCCAUUCGAGGUUGGAGAAGAGCUUUCGCAGUUUGGACAUUUUCUACCAGAAGGUGAUUGAGGAGCAUCGGAACGCAAAUAAGAGCCAUGAGGAAGAGGAGGACAUUGUCGAUUUGCUGCUGAAGAUGGAGAGGGAUAAGACUGAGCUCGCGGGGGUCCAGCUCAAGAAAGAUAACAUCAAGGCCAUCUUGAUGGAUAUAUUUCUAGCUGGAGUGCACACCGUUGCACUUGUCAUGGACUGGACAAUGGCCGAGCUCGCCAGGAACCCGAGGGUGAUGCGAAAAGUUCGAGAGGAGAUCCGGAGUUGCGCUGGAAACAAGAAAUGGCUUGUCGAAGACGACCUCGGCGGGCUCGAAUAUCUCAAGCUAGUACUUAAGGAGGCUCUGAGGUUACACCCUCCAGGUGUUUUGCUCAUUCCGAGGGAAACAAUGGGCCACUUCAAGCUGUUUGGCUACGACGUUGACCCGAAGACCCGCAUCCAAGUCAAUGUGUGGGCCAUCGGGCGGGACCCGAGCCUGUGGGAGGACCCUGAAGAGUUUGUGCCUGAGAGGUUUGAGAACAGUCAGAUCGAUUACAAGGGGAAUCAUUUCGAGCUGUUGACAUUUGGGGCAGGACGGAGGGGAUGCCCGGGGAUUUCGAUGGGGAUGGCGGUGAUCGAGCUUGCGCUCGCCAAUGUCUUGCACUCCUUCGACUGGGAAUUGCCAAAGGGAAUGACAGAGGAAGAUGUGAGCAUGGAGGAAGGUGCUGCUCUGGCCGUAUUCAAAAAAGUGCCUCUCAUUCUGCUACCGGUUAAACCAUCUUAUAAAACCGUUGCAUGACAAAAUCGCAUUAAGCAAAAAACAUCAUAUUUCACUAUGUUUUGUACUUAAUUAUGAUCAAGCUGUCUUAAGAUUGCAUGGUAUAAUGUUAUAGCAUACAUCUCUAUACAUGUAGUCUAUUGCUUCUUAGGCAAUUAAUAAAAAGACCCAUAUGAGCAAUUUGCA